GGGACGACGGGGCCAGAGUCACGCACACUCAAAUUUUCUUUAGAAAUUUUUCUAGUUGUCUCUAAUAUACUUCAGUCUGUUGAAACAUCAUCAUUUCAUCAUGUACAAUGUUCUUUUGGUUAAUGUGGACAUUAGGAAGAAUCAGAUAAGUAUGUGAUCAUUCACAACAAAACCAUAAUGUCAUACUUUUUUUUACACCUGCCACUAACUUGGUCAGAAGUGUUUACUCUGAAGAGCAAAGUGAUUCUUUAUUACAGUUUUGAUGCACUUAUAUGUUGCAUGGUGGUUUUGGUAUUUUUAUUAAAUUUGUUGCUUUACUUUACUUUAAAGCACAGCUCCACAUACUACAGUGUUUGUGACAUCUCGGACUGGAUUACACUUUGGGGCAGCUCGCUUUGGACUUUGAAAUUGGCAUUGGUCUGAUGGGAUUCGGCUCAUUUUUCCUGUUCUUUGGUGUGUUGUUGUACUUUGACUCUGUCUUGCUGGCCUUUGGGAAUAUCCUGUUUCUAAAUGGUUUGACAUUCAUUAUCGGCUUCAAGAGGACAGCUCACUUCUUCUUCCAAAGACACAAGUUUAGAGGUUCCUUCUUUUUCCUGGGAGGUGUGUCUCUGGUGCUGUGCCGAUGGCCAAUAAUUGGACUACUGGUGGAGAGCUACGGCUUUGUGCUUUUAUUCAGGUCAUUCUUCCCAAUGGCCUUGGGAUUUGUGCUAUCAGCUGUGAAUAUCCCUUUCCUCAAUGCAUUUAUCUCCAGCAGCACUUCCAUGGUCUGAGCAGAAGCACAACAGUGAAGGAAUGCUGGCAGAGGUGGAAAACUGGUCUGAAAACUGCUUGAUAACUUAACUCUUUUUGUCAUUUACUUUGUAAAUGGACUGUACUUAUAUAGUGCCUUUCUAGUCUUCUGAACACUCAAAGCAUCUUUACACUACAUAUCUCA